AUGAACAGCUGCAGCACAACGACCCUCAACCAACAACAGGCUGCCAAGAAACAUUCUGCUGCCUCAGGCCCCUCCACCCUCGCCUCAGGCCAAACACCCGACUUCAAGAACAUCCUGCCUCCCGCUCCGUCCCGCCCCCGCACAGGGUCUUGCACGGCCCAGCGUCCUUCUGCCACACUGAGGCGCACCACCACCACCAUUACUAUCAUCACCACAGCAACCACUACAACCGCCACUGCCGCAGCCGCCACCACUCGCAUGAACGGCUAUGCAGAUUGGCCUCCCAUUAAACGGUUUUGUGCACCAACCAACCCUCACGCAACUGCUCGUUUAUCAUCUACACCUUUCCAGCCACUCCCCCUCCAAUCAACCAAGACCAUCCCAGCCCAUGACCCCACAGUGAGCAUCAGACCACUCACUCCCAUCCAUGUCCCGCAAUGA